AAUCAGAAACUUCCAGUUUGUACUUUGGAGAUUGCAGGUUCAGCUGCCAGUCGACAUCUUCCUGUGUGCAGCCAACUCCAAUCAUGCCUUUCCUGGAUCUGGACACCAAUAUUCCCCAGCAGGAUAUUCCAGGAGACUUUGCUGAAAAGCUGUGCUCGGCUGCAGCAUCCAUUCUGGGCAAACCUAAGGAAAGGGUGAAUGUGAUCGUGAGGAGAGGAGCAUCUUUGCUGAUUGGUGGCUCUUCAGCACCAUGCGUACAGCUGAUCAUCUCGUCCAUUGGAGUAGUGGGAACAGCAGAACAGAAUAAAGAGCACAGCUCGAAGUUCUUUGAGUUUCUGACCAAAGAACUUCGUCUCACACCUGACAGGAUUCUACUGCGCUUCCAACCUCUGGAGCCUUGGCAGAUUGGGAAAAAUGGAACGGUUAUGACAUAUUUAUGAUUCCUUACAAAUGUUGGGAGUGUACAGCUGUUCAGGAUCUUCUACUGGAAAACAUUCCAGGAUU